CACAAACAUCAGCAUCCUGUCAAAGAUGAGCCAGUCUCCAGACAUUAGACAGACAUCAAGACAUCUGACAUAAAUAACCCGCAUAGGUUAUUGAGUAUAAUAAACGGACAGCAAUGCAAGCAGACGACGCCAGAUAUUUAAAACGGAAAUAUAAGAGUGGCACUUUAGAUGUCCACCCAACGGAAAAAGCACUGGUUGUCCAGUAUGAGGUGGAAGCCACUAUUCUGGGGGAGAUGGGAGACCCAAUGCUGGGUGAACGCAAGGAAUGUCAAAAAAUCAUCCGUCUGAAAAGCCUGAAUUCUAACACAGACAUCGCCUCUUUAGCGAGGAAGGUUGUGGAGGAAUGUAGACUUAUUUCCCCUUCUAGACUUCCUGAGGUGGAACAGUUAUUGUUCUACCUGCAGAACCGCAAGAAAACUGCUGAAAAAAAAGAGAAUAAACCGAUCAAGCCAAGAGAUCUCACUUCUUUUGAAGGGAUGGAGCUGGAUGAGGAGGCCAACAUUAAUAGCAUAGAUGACUAUGUAGAGCUCCUUUAUGAGGACAUCCCCGAGAAGAUCAGAGGAGCUACACUCAUCCUCCACCUGGCCCGUAACCCAGAUAACCUGGAGGAAUUGCUGCAGAAUGACACAGUUCUGGGUGCGCUAGCCCGAGUCUUGAGGGAAGACUGGAAGCACAGUGUUGAUUUGGCGACCACUAUAAUCUACGUCUUCUUCUGCUUCUCCAGUUUCUCCCAGUUCCACGGCUUGAUCGCUCACUACAAGAUCGGAGCGCUAUGCAUGAGCAUAAUUGAGCAUGAACUGAAGCGAAAUGACCUAUGGCUGGACGAACUGCAGAAGAAAAAGAAGGCUGGCGACGAUGACCCAGAUAAUCAGAACCUAAAGAAGGAGUACGAGAAAGCCUUGAAGAAGUACAAUGGGCUACUGGCCAAACAGGAACAGCUUUUGAGAGUGGCUCUGUAUCUGCUGCUGAAUCUGUCUGAGGACACCCGCACAGAACUGAAGAUGAGGAACAAAAAUAUUGUCCACCUGCUGGUUAAAAUGCUGGAUAGAGACAGUGAAGAGCUGCUGGUGCUGGUGGUGUCCUUCCUCAAGAAACUCAGUAUCUUCUUAGAGAAUAAGAAUGACAUGGCUGAGAUAGAUACAGUGGAGAAGCUGGCUAAACUGGUGCCCUGUGAACAUGAAGAUCUCCUGAAUGUCACUCUGCGUCUCCUUCUUAAUCUUUCCUUUGACACUGGUCUCCGCAGUAAGAUGGUGCAGAUGGGCCUUCUGCCCAAACUUACCUUGCUGCUAGGAGACGAAGCGCAGAGACAAAUUGCCAUGUGCAUUCUGUACCACAUCAGCAUGGACGACCGUUUCAAGUCCAUGUUUGCCUACACAGACUGCAUUCCACAGGUAAUGAAGAUGUUGUUUGAUUGUGUUGAGGAGAGGAUUGACACUGAACUCAUUUCCUUCUGCAUCAACCUGGCUGCCAACAAGAGAAAUGCCCAGAUCAUGUGUGAAGGUAAUUGUCUGAAGAUGCUGAUGAAGAGAGCACUGAAGCUAAAGGAUCCUCUAAUGAUGAAGAUGAUAAGAAAUAUAUCUCAACAUGAUGGACCAUCUAAAAACCUGUUCAUUUGUUCGAAUGGUGUGUUUGAGGACUAUGUUGGAGACCUGGCGGAUCAGAUCGGACUGAAGGAAGAGGAGGAGUUUGUGAUUGAGUGCUUGGGCACUCUCUCCAAUCUUACUAUUCCUGAUCUGGACUGGGAACUGGUGCUGAAGGAGUAUAACCUGGUGCCUUACCUCAAAGACCACCUCAAACCAGGCUCUGCAGAGGAUGACCUCAUCUUGGAGGUGGUGAUCAUGAUUGGUACUGUCUCCAUGGAUGACUCCUGUGCCGUAAUGUUGGCCAAAUCAGGCAUCAUUCCUGCUCUUAUAGAACUACUGAAUGCCCAGCAGGAGGAUGAUGAGUUUGUCUGUCAGAUUGUGUACGUCUUUUACCAGAUGGUGUUUCACCAGGCCACUCGAGAUGUCAUUAUAAAAGAAACACAGGCUCCAGCAUACCUCAUUGACUUAAUGCAUGAUAAAAAUGCAGAAAUUCGAAAAGUGUGUGACAGUACAUUGGAUAUCAUAGCUGAGUAUGAUGUGGAGUGGGGCAAAAAGAUCCAGAGCGAGAAGUUCCGCUGGCAUAACUCUCAGUGGCUGGAGAUGGUGGAGAACCGGCAAAUGGAUGAGGCAGAACCUUUUAUGUAUGGAGAUGAUGGAGAGCCUUUCAUCCAUAAUGGGGACAUCCUGGAACGGCCAGACCUCUUCUACAGUGCAGAUGGAAUUAUCCCAGCAGAUGGUGCCAUUAGUCCAGAGUUCUUCACAGACUUUCAGAAUGGAUAUCUGUUAGGACCACAGGGUUUCCCCAACAGAACAGGGCUCAAAAGUGCUGCGUCUAAGAGUCCUCCAGCAUCCUAGCAGGCCACAGCUUUCCCCCAACAGUAACACCCUGAGCUUUGAGCAUCUUUGACUGACGGAUACGGACAGACAGGCGUGAAUCCAGCACGUCCUGCCACGGCUUAUGGCUUCAGGCCAGAUGAGCAGUUUUAUUAUGGCUAUACAGGGUCACGGUAGAGCCCCUGUGUCCUACAACCUGCUACAGGAAAAAUGGAAACUCUGAAAACCAAUUCAAUGGAUGUAAAAUGAUGUUAAUUAGGUCUCUCUGUCAUUUCAAGUGGAUACAACACUACCGUUUUUCUUUAUAAAUAUGAUAUAUGGGUAUUUAUUACAUUUCAAGUGACUCUCAGUUUGAAAUUGUUUGAGAACAUUCUGCUAAAAUGUUUUAAUGAGGCCAGUAGUGGGAUGGACAGUUAUUUUUGCAAUCCUCACUUUUAUCUUGGUUUUGCCGUUUCAGUGCAUAUUUUAGCCUUUACGGUGUGCUUGUAAACACUAAAGCAACUGUGUAAUAUUUCAAAAGUAGGGCAAACUAGUUGCAUGAUAUUUCAGUGAGUUAGUUAUGAGCAGUAAAAACUCCAGCUCAUUACAUUUUAAAACAGUAUUGUCAGUUUAUCUGCACGGCAAUGAAGUAAGUUCCGGUGCUUACGGACUUUGGGAACAAAAUAUUGUGUGACCUUAACUGCAACUUAAAGCAUUCUGCUCUUCUGGAUUAAUAGUUAAUAAAAAGUCCUUAAGAGUAUGGUUUCCUCUAAUUCUGCUCAAGUUUACAUAAAGCAUCUGACAUAAGAGUAAAUGUGAUAGUGGUGCCCUCAUGUGGGCUCCAUAUGUAGCAUAUUGGAUGACAUUGAUUUCAUAUGUUCAAUCACAUUUCAGACAUAGCUGCUGUAAACUUUAAAUGCACUACAGCACAUGUCAAAAUACUCAUUGGAACAAUUAUCUAACUGAACGUCUUAAUAUUUUCACAACUCACUAAUGUAAAUGUGCAAAACAAUGUUGCCUAUUUCUUUGCCUUUUUUUACUGUACAAAUAUUUCAGCCCAUCUCGGCUUUUAUGGUGCACUGCUAACUACAUAUGUAUUUUGGAAUGUAGCUAAACUCAAGUGUUCAUUUAAAAUAUACAGGUUUUUGAUGUUUUACGAAGCAUUUAUGAAUUUCAUUGGUGCCUAGGAAUUGUCUUAACUACUGUUUUAUAUAGAAUGCCUUUUUAUUUAAUGUGGUGCAGUAUGAAAUACAAAUAUUGAUGUGAGAACCUAUGCUGGGUAUGUUUUUUUUUUUUUUUUUUUUUUUU